UGUCCUCGAGGAAUUGGAAAUAAAAAUAAAGACACAAUAUCCAAUGACCCGAAGGAAUAAAUAAUGCUGGAUAACAAAGGGAUGUCACAACACUGCAGCCAAGACUCAACACUGGGUAUUGGAAUGUUCAUUGCAGGAGACAAGACAAAAAUGUUUUAUUUACUCACUGCUGCAUCCCUGGGCCCAGCACAUGGCAGCUGCUCGGAAAUUACUUGUCACUGUUAAUUUUUUGAGCAUCUACUGUGUACAAGGCCCUCUACGCACCAGACAGAUGUCAAGUCCAGAGGUUGGCUCAGCAUGUCAGUCAGCGUCCACGAGACCCGCAAGUCGCGGGGCAGCACGGGGUCCAUGAACAUCACCCUCUUCCACAAGGCCUCGCACCCUGACUGCGUGCUGGCCCACCUCAACACACUGCGCAAGCACCGCAUGUUCACCGAUGUCACACUCUGGGCGGGUGACCGCGCCUUCCCCUGCCACCGUGCCGUGCUGGCCGCCUCCAGCCGCUACUUCGAGGCCAUGUUCAGCCACGGCCUGCGGGAGAGCCGGGAUGACACAGUCAACUUCCAGGACAACCUGCACCCGGAGGUGCUGGAGCUGCUGCUGGACUUUGCCUACUCGUCCCGCAUCGUCAUCAACGAGGAGAACGCCGAGUCCCUGCUGGAGGCGGGCGACAUGCUGCAAUUCCACGACGUGCGGGACGCUGCUGCAGAGUUCCUGGAGAAGAACCUCUUCCCCUCCAACUGCCUGGGCAUGAUGCUCCUGUCCGACGCCCACCAGUGCCGCCGGCUCUAUGAGUUCUCCUGGCGCAUGUGCCUGGUGCACUUUGAGACGGUGCGACAGAGCGAGGACUUCAACAGCCUGUCCAAGGACACCCUGCUGGACCUCAUCUCGAGUGAUGAGCUGGAGACAGAGGACGAGCGGGUGGUCUUCGAGGCUAUCCUCCAGUGGGUGAAGCAUGACCUUGAGCUGCGCAAGGCCCACCUGCCCGAACUGCUCCGGAGCGUGCGGCUGGCCCUGCUGCCAUCUGACUGCCUGAAGGAGGCCAUCUCCGAUGAGGCCCUGCUCAUGGCGGACGAGCGCACCAAGCUUCUCAUAGACGAGGCGCUCCACUGCAAGAGCAAGAUCCUGCAGAACGACGGGGUGGUCACCAGCCCCUGUGCCCGGCCGCGCAAGGCAGGCCACACGCUGCUCAUCCUGGGGGGCCAGACCUUCAUGUGCGACAAGAUCUACCAGGUGGACCACAAGGCCAAGGAGAUCAUCCCUAAGGCGGACCUGCCCAGCCCCCGGAAGGAGUUCAGCGCCUCGGCGAUUGGCUGCAAGGUCUACGUGACUGGGGGCAGGGGCUCUGAGAAUGGGGUCUCCAAGGACGUGUGGGUGUACGACACUGUCCAUGAAGAGUGGUCCAAGGCAGCGCCGAUGCUGAUCGCCCGCUUCGGCCACGGCUCGGCUGAGCUGGAGAACUGCCUCUACGUGGUCGGGGGACACACGUCCCUGGCAGGUGUCUUCCCAGCCUCCCCUUCUGUCUCCCUGAAGCAGGUGGAGAAGUACGACCCCGGGGCUAACAAGUGGACGAUGGUGGCCCCGUUGAGAGAUGGCGUCAGCAAUGCCGCGGUGGUGAGUGCCAAGCUGAAGCUCUUUGUUUUUGGGGGGACCAGCAUCCACCGGGACAUGGUGUCCAAAGUCCAGUGCUACGACCCCUCGGAGAACCGGUGGACGAUCAAGGCUGAGUGUCCCCAGCCUUGGCGAUACACAGCCGCCGCCGUGCUGGGCAGCCAGAUCUUCAUCAUGGGAGGUGACACGGAAUUCACGGCUGCCUCGGCCUACCGCUUCGACUGCGAGACCAACCAGUGGACUCGGAUCGGGGACAUGACUGCCAAGCGCAUGUCCUGCCAUGCCCUGGCCUCGGGUAACAAGCUCUAUGUGGUGGGGGGCUACUUCGGGACCCAGAGGUGUAAGACCCUGGACUGCUAUGACCCCACUUCGGACACGUGGAACUGCAUCACCACCGUGCCCUACUCGCUCAUCCCCACGGCCUUCGUCAGCACCUGGAAGCACCUGCCUGCGUGAGGAGCACCUGCAGAGCCCAGCCAGACUCUGCGUGUUUCUCCCCACCCCACGGCUGCAGCCCUCACUGUCCCAGAGUGGCCCUGACCCUGUCUGUCACUGCGGGGAGCUCAGCCCGGCCCGGGGCCGGCAGCCAGCCCCACCAGCUCCGGGAGCAGCGGCCUUGGGGGCUCUUCUGAGUUUUAGAUGGAGAAGAAGCCGUCCCCAGCACCCCGUGUGCCUCUCCGGGGCCUUUGCUGCUCUGCAGUGUUUGGCGGAGGGAGAGGACCUUCCAGAGCAGCGUGGAGUGACACCAGGACCCUCUGAGCCUCCGGGAGGAGGACACCUUUGCAGAGCUUUGAGGUCACCUGUUGCUGCAGGUGCUGGGGCCGGGGCCAGGCAGGGAAGCGCCCAGCAUGGGGGGUCGGAGGUGGGCAGCAUUCAUGGCUUAACCUUCCCUGUGGAGGGUUGCGAUGUCACCCCAGAGAGGAUGUCCCAGGUGGCGGGGAAGCAGGGUCCCCCAGGACUGAGAGCAGAAGUUGCUGAGAAUAAAGUCGAGGACACAUCUUGUAAGGGGCGGAAACCUGUCAGGUGACUUCGGUGACAUCCACAAGGCUUCAUUAGGAAAUGACACCCAGACCCCCAAGGCUAAAGAGGACAUCUCCUGUGGGCCCCUCCCCAGAGUCUGGCCCUCCCCUUGGGGAUCUUGCCACGUCCUGGUCAAGCCAGCCCUGUCCCGGGAUGCUGCGCCCAGGUGCAGACACUCUCCUGCCCAGUCACACAGCAGGACUCAGGGCCCACGGUGACGCAUGCUGCUAGCCAAGGGAUGCCCUUUGGGGCUGCCCUGUCACCUCCCCUCCUCAGAACCCACCCCAAGAGGCAGCAGUGACCCUGUCUCCUGACAGGACCGCCGUGGUCCUGAGAAUGUGGCCCUACCCUCCGAGGCCAGGAGCAGAUGUGAGCUGGGGACCAGAGAGGGGCUCCAGGGCUGUACUCAGCACGGAGGACGGCAGCAAGGCCACAGCCCCCGGGCCCCUAACCAGCACCCACUGCCCUCUGGCAUCUUGGCCUUCUGACUAGUAACUGGAUCUGGCCUAUUUGCCCUCUGAGCUCAAAAAGGACAAAUGGUCCCAAGAGAACUGCCAAACAUUAUUUCACCUCCUGUGUCCCCGGCAUCAGGGGUUCUGGAGAGGUCAGCUCCUGCCAACAGCCAUCCUGACACCUAGAAUUAGAGUUUGGGGCUCAUCACCCCCUCGCCCCGGGGCACCUUUGGAGGGACUGAGGGUUCUUGGUCCCUUGGUCAAGACCUGUGGCUCCCAGGCCGCCUGCCAUUUGCAGAGUGCUGCUUGGUGCUUCAUGACUGGCCUCCGAAGGGGGCUGCGUGCGCCCUUUAUAAAGAUCUGAGGCCGUGUUACACACCAGCCGCUUUCCACAAGUCAGCCCUGCCCCUUACAGGCCCUCCGCGCCGGCACUGGUCCUGCGGGCAUCCCUUGGGGCCCUUGGCCUGGGUUUGCCCACCCGGGAGCCCCAGCCGGGGCCGUUGGCUGCCACUUGGAAAAAGCCGGAAGCAGAAGGUGGGUGUCCAGCUUCUGCAGGCUCCACCCACGUCAGAGGUUGGCCCCCUUUGCUCUCAGUGCUCCAUCUCAGCCACCCUGAAGCCACGUGGCUCUGGUCCCAGGAGCUGAUGACUCUGCUGGAGAACUCGCAGCCCCGGGGCUCCUCCUGGCCUGGAGGGCCCCCCAGGCCUGUUGGGCUUCUGACUUGAGACAAGCACACUUCUUACACGGCACAAAGGACCUCACAGAGGGGCUGCCCCUGACAGGUGCAUUGCUGUUACCCGUUUCUGACUUAAUAAAAGAGUUG